GUGCUAGUUCCUAGCGAGUAGCGCACUGGAUAGAUAUUUGUGCGAAAUUGGCAUGGUCAAAGCAGCUGCUAAGGUCAAAGCCAAGCCUGCAAAGAAGCCAAGCAGCACCAAGGCAAAAGCCAAGCCUUUGAAGAAACCAAGCAGGCAGAAGGCUGAAAAAGUGCCGAUUGAGCCUGGGCCUCCACCACCGCCUUUGGGUUGGAAGCCCGCAGCAACCCUGGAGGAUUUCUUGGAGCAGCAGACAGGGCCUUGCAUCAAUGCUUUGACGGAUCUUUGUCGCAGGAUGCGAAAGCAUGCUGUGAGCUGCGUAACAUUGACAGAUCACCCCAGCUAUGGAUUUAAGCAUGGGCUGUCAGCUGUCAUUGAUGCGCUUGGAAAGACAAGGGUUGAGAAGGAUCUUUUCAAGUCCCUAAGUGGUGACGGGGCUGUGAGCAUGGUCAAUGCAGAUUUCGAGGACUGACCAGAUGCAGGUUUAAGCUUCAAGUGCACGAUGCCCACUAACACAUGCAUUCGCUUUUUGGGCCUUGCUUUGUCAGCAGGAAUGGGUCAGGGAAGUUGCAAAAGUGGAUUAUAGACAGUAUGACUUCGAUGGCAUGGAUGAAGAGUCGGAGGUGAACAAAAUGUUGUGUCCUGAACCUCCCAGAGACACUUGGCUUUGGAUGGUCAAGUGCUUCCAGGCCUUGUCCUGACAGAAACCGAACUAACACUUCGAAACUAGAAAGACCCCUCAUGACAUGUUGGGUCGCAUGAAGGUGGUUUCAAGACUGCUUGGGUUAUUUUGGGGCGGAACGUUGGAGAAGGCUCCGAUAUUGUUUUAAGGACAGUUUCCAUGGAUGCGCUCAUUCAAACUAUGUAGACAAGAGAACCACCACACACACACACACACGUUUGCGCCUUGCCCGUGCCCCUGGCAGUCAGUGCCUGAAGCCGAAAGAAAAGGUUUGCACGUCGUUAUGUUCAACAACGGCAUUGGUGACGAGCUUGAUUUGGCCACUGGCGACGAACCAACUGACCAAUAUAGGACCCGACGGUAAUAACAG